AUGCACCAGGAUUACCAGCUCUACCCCUCCGAUUCGGAGUCCUACGUGACUUCGAUCGCUCAGCAAUCGAUGAUGGGAGAUCAAUCCCAAGCUCCCUACAAAAGUCUUUAUAUGCUCUCGCCGGCCCCAUGGCCACACAGUGCAGUCCGCCCGGAUCAAGUCAGCUCUCUUCCCAUGGAUAUGGCUUACCAUCCAACCGUCGCCGACCUCUCGCCGUCGGCUUGGGGCGGCAACGUCUCGACCAUCUCCGGACCCGAGAGCCCGCAGAGCAGUAGCAGCAGCUGGGUCAAUGCUGACUGCUACAUGUCUCCGCCCUACAGUUGCGACGACUCCUUGCUUCCGCCGCAGGAGUACUGGGAUUCGCCUUCCCCGAGUGCCUCCGCUGAUUUCGAUCGCUCGGUGGCCCCGUCAGAAGUAGUACAACACUACCCCGACCCGGAGCCGAUUGUUGGCUCGGGUUACGCGCCGCAGCCCAUUGUCGGUAGCUUUUCGCUGCCACUGAAUACCCCGGGCGCAUUCGGCGAUGCGUCGCCCUCACCGUCCUUGUCUGCCACUUUCCAAGAACCCGCUCCCUCCUCGCACGUCAUGCCCGUGCCAUCUCAGACCUCCGCCCCGAAGAACCUCAAGACCAAAUCGUCGCACCGCGUGACCAAGCGCUCACCUGCGAAGAAGCCAUCUCCGAAGACCGGGCCUACAUCCGCGCCCCGCUGCACUGCUAAAACCAAGCCCACUGGCAAGAAGGCCUCCGAGGCCUCCAAUCGACUCUUCGUAUGCAGCUUUUCGCGGUACGGGUGCCCGAGCACCUUUGUUUCGAAGAACGAGUGGAAGCGACACGUCGCGUCGCAGCAUGUCCAACUUGGGUUCUACCGAUGCGACGUGGGACGCUGCAAUCUGAAUAACCUCAGCGGAGACAACCACCAGAUGUCCGAAGACGGUGCUUCUUGCGACGAGGUCCGCCUGGUCAACGACUUCAACCGCAAGGACCUCUUCACGCAGCACCAGCGCCGUAUGCACGCACCCUGGGUGAAGCGAAACCGCAAGCAGCCGGUGACCGAAGAGGAGCGGCAUGAGUUCGAGCUUACCCUCGACGUCGUCCGCGCUCGCUGCUGGCACGAGCAGCGUACCGCGCCGCUCCGCAGCCAGUGUGGAUUCUGCGGCCAGGAGUUCGUCGGGCUUCGCAGCUGGAACGAGCGCAUGGAGCACGUUGGCCGACAUUACGAGAAGCGCGACGUCUCUUUGGACGCCGAGGCUGAAGACCCGGCCCUGCGCGACUGGGCCAUUGAAUCCGGCGUUGUCCGUUUGGCGGAGGGUCAAUGGAAAUUGACUUCUCUUGUGGACAAAUAA